CCUUGGGGUUCUGCCUUUGGGUAUGGGGUCCUGGUUCUGGCUUUGGGGUCCCAGUUCUGGAUUUGGGGUCCUGUGUUCAUCCUCUAUGGGGAAUCCUGGCUGUGGGCUCUGGAUCCCAGUUCUGGGUUUGAGGUCCUGGUUCUGGGUUCGGGAUCCUGUGCUCAUCCUCCCAGCCAGGUCCUGGCUGUGGGUUCUGAAUUCCCUUCAUCAAACUCACCCACCCCGGGGUCAGCGUCACCCUCCUGGCCCGGGACAGUGAGUGAGGGGGCCCUGGGGUGGUCCUGGGGGUGCUGCCCCCCACUCCAGUGGGUGCUGAGCAGGGCUGGGCACCCCACAGUGCUGGUGGAGAGGAUCCCGUGGGUGGCCCCCGAGUGUGUCAGCAACCCCGGGAGCCUGGCACUGCCGGCUGACAAGUGGGGCUUUGGAGCCACCCUCUGGGAGAUCUUCAGUGGGGGGAACAUGCCCCUGAGCCUGCUGGAGCCCCAGAAGAAGCUGGAGUUCUACCGGAGCCGCCAGCAGCUCCCGGCCCCGCGGUGGCCCGAGCUGGCCGCGCUGGUGGCCCAGUGCAUGGAGUACGAGCCCCCGCGCCGGCCCUGCUUCCGCGCCCUCAUCCGCGACCUCAACAGCCUCAUCACCUCCGACUACGAGCUGCUCUCGGACCUGUCCCCCGCGGAUGUGACACUCCGGGAUGGCUUCUGGGGACACGACUCCCUGGCCAUGAGCCAGGAUCCCGAGCACUUCCAGGAGCGGCACCUCAAGUACAUCUCGCUGCUGGGCAAGGGGAAUUUUGGGAGCGUGGAGCUGUGCCGCUACGACCCCCUGGGUGACAGCACGGGCGAGCUGGUGGCGGUGAAGAAGCUGCAGCAGGAUUCGGCCAAGGAAAUUCGGGAUUUCGAGCGGGAGAUCCAAAUCCUGCACUCGCUGCAGCACGACUUCAUCGUCCGGUACCGGGGCGUUUGCUACAGCCGGGGGAUGCGCGGGCUGCGGCUGGUGAUGGAAUUCCUGCCCAACGGCUGCCUGCGGGAUUUCCUGCAGAAGAACCAGCCCCGCCUGGAGCACAGGACGCUGCUCCUCUACGCCUGGCAGAUCUGCAAGGGCAUGGAGUACCUGGGGGCGCAGCGCUGCGUGCACCGGGACCUGGCGAGCAGGAACAUCCUGGUGGAGAGCGACAGCCACGUCAAGAUCGGCGACUUCGGGCUGGCCAAGCUGCUCCCGCAGGACAAGGAUUACUACGUGGUGCGGGAGCCCGGCCAGAGCCCCGUUUUCUGGUACGCUCCGGAAUCCCUGGCUGACAACAUCUUCUCCUGCGCCUCCGACACCUGGAGCUUCGGGGUGCUCCUCUACGAGCUCUUCACCUACAGCUCCAAGAGCAAGAGCCCCUCGGAGGAAUUCCUGCGGAUGAUGGGCACCGCGAGGCCGCCGCAGAUCAUCUGCCACCUGCUGGAGCUCCUCAAGGACAACCGGCGACUCCCGGCCCCCGCCGGCUGUCCCCCGGAGGUGUACGCGCUGAUGAUGAGCUGCUGGGCCUUCACCCCUGGCGCCCGACCCACUUUUGGGGAGCUGUCCCCCAAAAUCGAGGCGCUGCGGGACGGGCGGAGCAAAACUCGGGGGUAGCGCCCCCCCCAGAGCGG